AAGUGGAUCCCAGGAGAGAAAGAGGUGCUUGACCCGAGCACAGGUGUUGUAAAUUAGGCCAAAAUUUCCUUCGAAAGGUUUAAGUAGACUUAGGAGAGUUGAAUGAGGUGUUGUUUUCGGUAAUUUUGGUUGAUAGUUCUACCAUGGCGUUUUCUCUGAGUGAUAAUCCCAGACUUCUUAACUGCCUGGAUUCUGAUAUUCCAGCCCUGUCAACAUGCAGCAAUGCAGACACGUUCUCCAGGAUGAACACCAUGCUGGGAAAUUCACUGGAUCUGAGCGGGGUUUGCACGACUCCCACUGCCAAAUGCAAGCGAGACCCUUUUAAUGGUCGUCCAGACUCGGACCUGUCUGCGGUCCGGAGCAGGAUGCUUUUUCCCAGCGGUGGCCAGGACUCAUCCAGGGGUCUGCCUGAUGUCAAUAACUGGGGUCUGGGCCUUCAGUCCCUCAGCUUGUCUGACUGGGAGAGACCAUGGAGCAGCCAUGACACCGAUCACUCUGCACAGACCAACACAGCCUCACUGCAGGGGAUUUUGGGGACUCCCAGCCAUCUCUCCAACAAGCUUCCGAGCUACUCCGAGCCUUCCCUUGGUGCCACAGACUUCCUAGAGAAAUUUCCCGGCAUGGCACGCUUAAACUCUCAAUCUUUCCUGGACUCUCACUCCAUUAGCCCUGUGGACUCUGAGACCAGCGGCUUCAGCUCUGGUUCUGAUCACCUCUCAGACCUGCUGUCGUCUUUGAGGAUCUCGCCGUCUGUGCCCUUCCUUAUGUCCAGUAUGCAAAGGGAUCCUCUCAAGCUAGCUCUGGGCUCUCGUAUGGACCACAGCAGCUCCCCUCUCACCCCGCCACCCAGUGCUACCCCAAGCGGUGGUCUGUCCCACCGCUGGCCUGGUGCCUCCAUCUGGCCCAACUGGGACCUAAUGAAGACCCCUGAGAGCCCCUUCAGCAUUGAAAGAGAGGCCUGGCUUCACAGACAAGCAGCCUCUAUCAAUGAAGCUACUUUCACAUGGAGUGGACAGUUGCCCCCCAGACACUACCAGAAUCCCAUUUAUUCCUGCAAGGUCUUUUUAGGAGGAGUUCCCUGGGACAUCACUGAAGCUGGUUUGAUAAACACCUUCAAAUGCUAUGGCCCUCUCAGUGUAGAGUGGCCGGGUAAGGAUGGCAAGCACCCUCGCUGCCCUCCGAAAGGUAAUAUGCCCAAAGGUUAUGUGUACUUGGUGUUUGAAUCGGACAAGUCUGUGCGAGCCCUGCUACAGGACUGCACGGAGGACCUGCUCCAUCCUGAGGGCUACAGCGAGUAUUACUUCAAAAUGUCCAGCAGAAGGAUGCGCUGCAAAGAUGCACAGGUGAUCCCUUGGGUGAUUUCAGACAGUAACUAUGUGAGUUGCCCCUCUCAAAGGCUGGACCCUAGGAACACUGUGUUUGUAGGAGCCCUGCAUGGCAUGCUCAACGCUGAGGCCCUAGCCAGCAUCAUGAAUGAUUUGUUCGGAGGUGUUGUGUAUGCGGGCAUCGACACAGACAAGCACAAGUACCCCAUUGGAUCUGGACGUGUAACCUUUAACAACCAACGCAGUUAUCUGAAAGCUGUGAGUGCUGCAUUUGUUGAAAUAAAGACGCCCAAAUUUACAAAGAAGGUUCAGAUUGACCCAUACUUGGAGGAUGCCAUCUGUCAAUCAUGCAGUCGUGAGCCUGGGCCAUUCUUUUGCAGGGACAAGACCUGCUUCAAAUACUACUGUCGCUCCUGCUGGCAUAGGCAGCACUCCAUGGACAUCCUCAGUAACCACCGCCCUCUGAUGCGCAACCAGAAGAAGAGGGACACCAACUGAAACCACGCAUGGCAGCACGAUGCCUCAGCCUGGAUGUCCAUUGCGCCUGCUCCCCUCGGGGAACUGCUCGAGUCGGCACCCCUUCAAAAGGCCCUCCCAGGAGUUGGGGCAUGGGGAAACACUGUAGAAAGUUCACUGUUGCACUUUCUUUUUAGUUUUGGCUUGUUCACUUUGGCACUGUACACAGUGAGAUGGGUUAGCUGGGACCCAUGGAUGGGAAGACCCAGAGUUUUUGAACUAAGUUGAGAUUCAGGCCAUGGUUGAAGGGUUUUUUUUUUUUGGUUUUUUUUUCCCCCCUUUAUAUAGGUUGCUAUUUUGUUUUGGUAAAUCAUUCUAAAGUCUCAUUGUUUAACAGAAGGAAGCCAUACAGUGCCUUUAAUUGGUUUUCCCUUUCCACACUAGCUGCUUUUUUCUGGCACUUUUUUGCCAAUGUUUUUUACUUUUUUGAGAUGCAACUACAAAAGCCAGAUUUUCAUCAUGACAUUUUUCACAGUUUUAGUUUUCAUAAAUUUUUUACAUGAAACAGUUUUAAGGUAUGGCAUGGAAAAGGUUGAAUAGCAAUCUACCUGGCGGAUUUUUAAUUUUGCGCAUUUUUUUUUCUUUUGUUUUCCCCUCCAUGGUUUUUGGAGUGUAUUUUUGCCUUAUCAGUGUUCUGUUUGGUAGAACAAGAGGUUUGCGCAUAACCCUACAGAUCUAAUUGCCAAUCCAGAUCAAUUUCAGUGCGUGCCUCCACUAGGCGUUGCUUUUACUGCUCUCGAUCAGAUUUCAAACCAACUUGAUAUAUUAAUCCUGAAAUGAGAAUGGCCAUCGACUGCACGUAGUUUUAUUGCACUUUUUAAUUUGCACUUUGUAAAGGGGUAGGUUUUUAAUCACUUAUAUUGUACAUCAGCAGGUGUUGUGGGUGAGCCCAAAUGGCUGCUUGUUGAAUUUAAAACCAUAGACUUCCCUUGAAUGUACCAAGAGCCUUAGCAGACUAAAUGCAAAUGUCACUUUAAUCAUCCUCUGCUGAAUGUCUGAAUGGAUAACAUUACUUUCAGAACUAAGACUGUCUUUUCUCUUCUCCCCAUAUGCAUUCCAUGCAGAGCUAUUUCUCAAGCUCCUCUGUCAUUCUACCUCAUUGUCUGCCAAGUUUGCUUACAAAGGUGAAGUUUGAAUUUUUGACUGGGCACAAUAAAGGUGUUUAA